AUGGCGCAGUGGAUUCGCAUCCUGGCCACCCUGGCCAGCUGCGCCGCCGUGAGGGCCGUGCGCCCGAUGCUUCACGCUGACCACCGCCCCUCCGUGCCUUCCUUUGCCUUGCUGGGCAAGGGCGACGUCGGCGCAGCCGCAGCUAGCUCUUUGCCGGCAGCCAUUAAGCCUCGCAUGGAGACUGCAUGCCACGACGCCGCAAAGGCCGAAGCCCAAGCAUUCUUCCAAGCGCACCAGCAAAGCUUUGCCGAGUGCCAGCAAGAGCCGGUGGAGUUCCUGAACAGAUGCUGGCUCCACCUCUCCAUUCUACGUCACGCUGACUUUGCGUGCAAGCAGGAGAACGCCGUGAGGGAAGGCUUGCUGGUCGCCAAACUUGGAUCUUCUCUCUUCCCCAGGCAGCACUUUGAGACGUGCCGGCCAGCAGCUUGCUCCAUGGACGAGCUGAAACUGAUGGUGGCCGAGGACGAGAAGGUUGUGUGUGGGCCUAGCAGGGAGCUGAACACCGCCUGCGACUUACGUUUUCUGUGA